AUGCCAUCGUCUGCUGAGUCUAAUUCGAACUGGGAUUUCACUGCGGUGAUAAACCUCCUCCGCACGCCUACCUACGGCGGCGGCAGCUCACAUGCACCUUAUCGCCACCGUGAUCCUCUCCCAGCUUCCCAGUCUACCGAGGUAGCAAAUCAGGAUGAGCCCACCUCAAAAAGCUCUCGGCAAACCCAAUUGAGCUCGGGGACUCGCUCUCCAAGGCUUGGUGAUUUUGGGUCGCUGUGGGAUUAUUUGGGGGAUGCCAGCAACCUGUCGCCCGAUGCAGACAUUGAACCUCAAGCUCAAGAACCUCCUCGGACGCCACCCAAACCCAUCCCUAGCUCUGGGAUUUCAAGAGCCCGCAAAGUGCAAGCCAAGGCCAUUGCUGAAACAUGCAAGGCCAGCCACAACGAUGCAUCAACCAAAGCUACGCACGACCUGAGCUCAAGUGAGAGCAACCAGGGUGCAGAUUCGGACGGCAGUUUGAGUGUCUUCGAUCCCCCCCUCACUACUAAAGGAAUCCUUUCUUUGGUUCCUCCGCAAGUGGGUGCAGCGAGUAGUUCUGUCGACCCAUACGAUACCCCACCAUCUUCAUACGACGAGACGGUGGAGCCUUUGGCUUCGAAAGUUGUCAAGUGCCCGCCUAAUCCCGACCCUUUACGUAUCCAGCCUAAUCCCUACAAGUCGGCCACGGAGCGGAGAAUUGGUCUCUUGACUAAAUUGUUGAAAAACUUCCCGGACUAUGCAAAUGUCGUUGCCCAGACGAAUCGUCCUGUGACUGGUAAGAAGGACAAGAACUCAUGCCUUCCUAUUCACGUCUUCGUGGAUAUGUCUAAUAUUAUGGUUGGCUAUCACGAUACCAUGAAGCUGUCCCGGCAUAUUCCUGUGAAGACGCGCAUUCGGCGAUUGCCAUUGUCCUUUCAAAACUUUUCUUUGAUCCUAGAACGCGGGCGGCCCACUGCCAAGCGAGUCUUGGUUGGGUCUGACCGGUUUGCUGCCAUCCGUGAAGGUGAACAGCUUGGCUACGAAACCAACAUCCUUGAUCGUGUGCACAAGGUCAAGCACAUGACCGCCCGUCAAUUGAAGUUUCGAAAGAAUCUUCGGACAGGCUCCCACGACCCCGGUAGUGGUUCUGAAACGAACGAGGGACCGGAGGAGCGUUGGGUUGAGCAGGGUGUGGACGAAAUUCUACAUCUGAAGAUCCUGGAGAGUCUGCUUGAUACAGACGAACCUGCCACCAUUGUUCUUGCCACGGGCGACGCGGCGGAAGCCGAGUUCUCGGGUGGGUUCAUGAAAAUGGUGGAAAGAGCACUGCGACGCGGGUGGACCGUGGAGUUGGUCAGUUUCACUCCAGUAACUAGUUAUGCUUAUCGCCGGAAGGACUUCCGCGCGAAAUGGGGAAAUCAGUUCCGGAUUAUAGCGUUGGAUGACUACCUUGAGGAGCUCCUCGAUAUGUAA